GGCUCAGUUUUUUCAAAUCCCCAAUCGGCUCUGGCCAGAAAGUAUCGGCGUGUACAUUGAAAUCCGUAACACAGAGAGGCAAAAUCACAGCUCAAAAUUCCCCAAUCAAACCCUCCAUUUUCAAAUUUCUUUUGGGUCCUUUCAAUUUCACAAAAAUAGCAAAAAUAUAAAUAAAAAUAACAUCGAAAACCAAACAGUAAUGAAAGGCAAGAGAAAAGCAGUACCAAAAGCCGGAGCAGCAAAAACCAGCUCAAAUACGACCACGUUUAGCACCGAUUCAUCUUCAAUGGACAUGAUGUUGAUGAUGAUGGACGAUCAACAGUCUAACAGAAACAUACUAGACGCCGCUCUUCCGGGCGGCGUCAGCGGCGGCGGUGGCGGUGACAUUGUUAUUCGCGACGAUAAAUUGAAAGAAGAUUGUGGUUUUAACAGUAGCUAUAGUAAUAAUGAAGACGGAGAUGAAGAAGAAGAAGAUGAUUAUGAAGGAGAAGACGGAAAAGGAGAAGAAGAGUUAGUAGAAGAAGAUGUGCGGCCGAAGCUGGACGAGGGUUUUUACGAAAUUGAGUUUAUUCGUCGCAAAAGGGUUCGAAAGGGUCAGCUUCAGUAUUUUAUAAAAUGGAGGGGCUGGCCGGAAACAGCUAACACCUGGGAGCCUUUAGAGAAUUUGCAGUCGUGUUCUGAUGUUAUCGACUCUUUUGAAGAGAGUUUGCAUUCUGGUAAAUCUUCACGAAAGAGGAAGCGGAAAUAUGGGGUUACUCAUACUCAGCCCAAGAAGAAGCAGUCACGUUCUUUUGCUGGCCAUAAUGUAACAGGUCUUGACAUUGGUGUUGUUGAUAAGCCUUUGCCCUCUGCUUCUUUGGAUAACACAAGCUCUGCCAAUCCCAUCACAUGUUCAGGUUUUGAAGAAGAAGAUAAUGUACAUGUUAGUGUUGUCAAAACAGCAAAGAAAGCGGAUGAUAAUGGGUAUGUGAAUGGAGCAAAACACAAUAUAGACGAGAAAGAGGACACUGAAUAUGAUCCAAAGCUUAGUGAGCUGAAAGGAAUAAUUUCAACGAACGAUAUUAAUGCUGAUAAUAAGUUAGCAAUAAUAAAUUUUGAAGAAGGUAAUACUCCAGGAGCUGUUGGCGGUACAAAUGGGAUUUCCAAGGCUGAUUAUGUAGAUAAUGUUCAAAACAGUCGUCAGAUAGGUGCUAAGAGAAGGAAGUGUGGGUCAGUAAAGAGGUUCAAAAAAGAAUUGGCCAUGUCCGAACCAGUUUCCUUGCAGAGUUCACCUUUUUACUUGGAAUCUUCACCGCUAAAUGUCUCUGUUGGCCUUGGUGGGGCAGCUUCACCAGGAUUUGAAAAUGUGGGUUUAACAGAGAGUAAUGCUGGCUGCAAGCCAGUGGGUGCAAAUUCUAUAACCAUCACCAAGAUCAUCAAACCAAUAGGCUUUUCAGCUUCCGUGAUGAAUGAUAUUCAAGAUGUAUUGGUAACAUUUGUGGCAAUCAGGUCUGAUGGGAAAGAAGUCAUAGUAGAUAAUAGCUUUCUUAAGGCUAAUUAUCCACUGCUGCUGAUUGACUUUUACGAGCAACAUCUCAAGUACAGUACAUAACUGGUUGGAGAUAAUAUAAGGAAAGUGAGCAUAUGCAGAGCUGCACAAAUCGUUUCUGUAUUUAUUUUUUUGUCUCUGUGCAGUAGUAAUGUAACUCUUUAGUUUGCAGGUGAUAGUGCAGGAUGAUUAAUGCUGUCUUGAUGCAGUAAUAUAAUUUAGCUAUAGUCUAUAUGUAUCUCACCCGGUACCCUUUUGUACCAUUAUGUAUUAUGUAUUUCAGCUGCC